CAGAGAAUCGUCGCUUAUCUUCUUCUUUUGGUUCCGAUUUUCGAAUAUAAAGUGUCAAAGCGCAUCAUCUUCCUCGUUGCUCUAUUUUACGACGAGCUCUUAUGUAUCAGUAUUUUAUCGCGAAUGUUUCGAUUCUCGUGGAUUCGCUUCGACAUCUUCUUGAUUGCAUUUCCUUGAUUGAUUAUACGUUGAAAUACUAGUGGAAACGAAUAGGAGUAGAAAAGACGAGGCAAAGGAAACUUGAAACGAUGCGAAGCCGGCGCAUGUAACUGUCGCCGACGCCGGUUUUGUAACGCUGACAACGAGAGGAAGAGGAAGAUCAAAAUGCAAAAGGGGUUAUAUUCUCGUUAACGAAGAGGAGAAACAUUUCUCGCGACUAGCGCUUUUUAGAACGAACGGCCAUGUCCUCCUGGCCGUACUCAACGAGCGCCACGUUAACUUUAUCAUUCAUGAUGUUGGCGCUUACGACGCGAAUACCACUGGUACUAACGUUCAAUUACACCGAGACCAAUGGAGUAGUCGUUCGUGACGAUAACAUAACGAAAGAGAUCAACGACAAAGAGGAGGAAUACACACCCUACAGCGAUCGGCCCGAGACGUACUUUGUACCGAUCAUCUUUCUCUUGAUUCUGCUGAUCGGCCUCACCGGAAAUGGUGUGCUAGCUCUUACGAUCCUUCGGCACUCGAAUAUGAGAAACGUGCCCAAUACGUAUGUCCUGUCCCUGGCGCUCGGAGAUUUACUGGUCAUAGUAACAUGUGUUCCGUUCACCUUUACCGUCUACAUUUUGGAUUCCUGGCCUUUUGGAUUAUUACUAUGCAAGCUUUCCGAAUGCGCAAAGGACGUUUCAAUCGGUGUUUCCGUUUUCACGCUGACUGCUCUUUCAGCGGACAGAUUCUUCGCCAUCGUGGAUCCUAUGCGAAAAUUACACGUCACAGGUAGCGGAAGACGUGUGACGCGCUUUACUGCGAUCGUUGUGGUGCUGAUUUGGAUUUUGGCUAUAAUAUGCGCGAUCCCGGCUUCCUUCUCGUAUAUCAGAGUCUUCAAGGUUAACCGGAACGUGAGCUUCUGCGCGUGCUAUCCGUAUCCGGAGGAAUUUGGAUCAAAUUAUCCAAAAGUGUUGUUGAUAUGCCGCUUCUUCAUCUACUAUGUGAUACCUCUCAGUAUCAUUGCUGUUUUCUACAUGUUGAUGGCAAGGCAUUUAAUGCGCAGUACAAGAAAUAUAAUCGGCGAAAUGCAGGGCCAGAUGAAGCAAAUACAAGCUCGUAAAAAAGUGGCAAAGAUGGUGAUGGCUUUCGUCAUUGUAUUCGCUGUAUGUUUUUUCCCACAACACGUUUUCAUGCUAUGGUUUUACAUCCAUCCAACUGCGCAAAAGGAUUACAACGCCUUCUGGCAUUAUUUCCGUAUUUUGGGUUUCUGUCUUGCUUUCACCAACAGCUGUAUCAACCCCAUUGCUCUCUACUGCGUGAGUGGUACUUUCAGAAAAUAUUUUGACAGAUAUCUAUUAUGUUGCGCCACGAAGAGGAUGCGAAGACGGGAUCGACGAUUGUCAGACCUAAGUUCUCGACGAGGGCAAAGUUUUUCACUUGUCAGUUCGAGAAAAUAUUUGGGUGAUUCUCGCCGGGAGCAACGAAGUGUCAUGCGUCUCUCCAUGAUGGCGAGUGACAUGAGAUCGAGUACUCCAAUCAAGGAGCAAGAAACUACUAUCACUCUGUCAGCAUAUCCAAACGGCAUCGAGGAAUCGUCAAAAAAUCAACGAAUUUUGACAGAACCAAACGUACAUGAUCGAUUAGUUGCCUCGUAGAGAAAAAACUGGAAAACAUUGCAUAUGUGCAUAUAAAAUAAUUUUUAUGUCAUUAAAUAUAUAUUGAUCGAGUUUAUAUUUUAAUGGUAUUUCUCUUUUCACAAAAGCUAAUUCCCAAAUCACAAUUUAUCUAGUCGCGGCUACUUAAAGUAGAAAGUUACAAUCGGUGAUACUUGAAUUACUCUGUUGUAAUGAUAAAACAUAUGGCAUAUUGUUCUUUAACACAAAAGAUAAUCUCAUGCGCGUAUAAGUUCCUGUUUAAACAUAUUUGCGUCCCUCAUAUGAAGAGAUAUAUUUAAUGAUAAGAUGUUGAUAAUAGUAGAGCCAGUAAUAAUUAGCGAUAAGCGAAGUAAACACAACUGACUUCGUAUGCUUUUAUUAAGAAUUUUAAUAUAUUGUCCGACCAAUAAAUAUUACAUUC